AACACACACACACCCACACACACACAGAGAGGCACGCGCCGCUCUAACUUUCUCUGAUCCAGAAUCAGAGUCUGAGUCUGAUCCGGUUCCUCUGAGUCCAGCUGUGAACAUCUGACUCGGAUCCGGUAAACUCCAACACGUGACUUAAUUACUUCACUAACACGUCACGGGAUCAUUAAUUAGUCGAACUGGCUCCUCGCGCCGCCGCUCAGCUGGUAGACCCCGCCCCCUCCCCCCGGUGCCGGUGCUCCGCCGUUAGUCCUGGAGAUUUACAGCCGUGAUCGAGCUCUGACGCGGGGCCGUUAAUCAUCAGAGGUCCCGGUGCUGCGGUGUGUGUGUGGUGUGUGUGUGUGAGUCAGCAGCGGGACUCGGACACACACAGUAAACACACACAGACCCGCCCCCCGCCCAGCUCCGCUCCGCCCGUCAGCUCUAAGAACCCGGACCGGUUCAUCCCGACCGGACAGACCCGGAGGACACCGCUCCGACCUGCUGCCAAUGGCGUCCGUCACCUCCACCCUCCUCUUCAUCGUGGCGGUCGGGAUUUCACCAGCUGUCAGUCAGACCAGUUACCUGCCAGAGCCGGUGUGUUAUGACUGGGGGGAGUCUGGGGAGGCCGUCUCGGUCAUAGAGGGGGAGGCCGGCUGGCUCUCCUGCCUUCUCUUCUCUCAUCCCUCCGUCUACAACUACACCUCCACCCAGAGCGCCGGACACAACCUGGUGUGGUACCGGCUCACCGAGGGUCAGGACCUGGAGCAGCCGAUCACCUACAGCUCACGGCUCAGUAAAGACAGAGAGAGACUGUGGCUGCAGCCGGCCACCGCCGAGGACGCCGGACACUACAUCUGCAUGUUACGCAACAAGUCGUCCUGCAGUAAGAUCGGCAUGCACAUGAGGGUGCUGCGGCGCGACGAGGUCCCGCGUCCAACGGUCCUGCGGCGCGACAACGACAACUGUCCGCCUCCUGUUGUCGCGGAAACCAGUCAUGUGGUCAUCCCACUGCAGGAGGGGAAGACCCUGGACUGUCCAGACCUGCAGGACGCCAUCAAGAUGUCCAACGGCAACCUGACGGUCACCUGGUACCACGUGACGGUCGACGGAUCAAGGUGUUACCAGUUCCCGUUCUGGAACAAAGACCGGACCCAGAGAGGACCCAGUCUCCACUUCUAUGUGAUGAUGGAUCUGUACCAGGGUUUAUAUUACUGCACAGUCAGCUACCUGAGGAGAGGCAAACCAGUCAGCUUCAGCAGGACCAUCAACGUCACCGCAGUCUAUCCGACUAGGUUGCCCAAAGCACCCAGCAUCCAACAUCCACAUGAACACCAGCUCUUCACUGUCAAACAAGGUACAGAGGUGAGGCUCAGGUGCACAGCUCUGUUCCCGUACCUGAACUCAUCGUGGGAGAUCUGGUGGACGGUGGACGGGAAGACGCUGGAUAAACUCGCCGACCCUCGAUUCAAGAAAAUCAGCAGGCUGGUAAAGUACGACUACGGCGACCGGACGGAGGAGAGCGUGCUGGUGAUCCAGGACUUCCAGUCUGAGGACCUGAACAGGGAGUAUAACUGCUCCGUGAGGAACGACCAGGGCAACGCCACCCGCAGAGCCCAGCUGCAGGAGGAGGUGUCGCUGCCGUCGGUGGAGCUGGGUUGUGGUCUGGGUGUGACCCUGGUCCUGAUGCUGCUCCUCUUCGUCGUCUAUCACGUCUUCUGGUUGGAGCUGCUGCUGCUCUACCGCUCCUGGUUCGGCACUGACGAGCGGUACACAGAUGAUAAGGAGUAUGACGUGUACAUCUCGUAUGCGAGGAACAGUGAGGAGGAGCAGUUUGUUCUGUCGACUCUUCGCAGCGUCCUGGAGAACGAGCUCGGAUACUCAGUGUGUAUCUUUGACAGAGACAGUCUGCCAGGAGGGACCAUCACUGAUGAGACUCUGAGUUUUGUGGCUCGUAGUCGGCGCCUCUUGGUGGUCGUUAGCCCCGGCUACGCCUCUCAGGGCUCCCAGGCGUUGCUGGAGCUGAAGGCCGGCAUCGACAACAUGGCGCUGGACGGACACCUGCGGGUGAUCCUGGUCCAGUACAAACCGGUCCAGAGGAAAGGCUGGGUCAGGGAGCUGAGGAGAGCCCGGGUGGCUCUGGCUCUGGUUCGAUGGCAGGGGGACAAGUCUAAAGAGCUGACGUCCCGGUUCUGGAAGAGGCUGAGGGUGGAGUUACCUGUGAGGAGGGUUAGCAGCAGGGAGGAGGAGGAGGAGGAGGAGAGCAGUAAGGGGGUGCCUCUGAUGAGGCUGCAGAGUCAGAACAGCACAAACUCCCAGACAGGACUCAUCACCAACACCAUCAAAGACCCUCAGAGAGUCCUCAACUCUGCAGCGUAGCUGUGACGGAGGUUAGCACGGCGGACAUUUCAUUCAGAGCAGCUACACCCUGAAACAUGUGUCUGCUGUCUCCAUAGAACUGUACAGACAUGUUAACAGAGUUCUUCUGUCGCUAUAUAUCUACAGACAGGUCCUGGUUUUCUUCACUUACUUCAGUGCCCUCAGAAUUUUCUACAAAUACAUUUUCUACAAAAUACUUUUACAAAGUAUACAGCCAAGCACACAAGCCCAGCAUCAGCAUGCUAACAAGCUCCCAGUGCUAAUGCUAGCAUAUUGAUGUUUAGCAGGUUUAAUAUUCACAAUCUUUGUUUAGCAUGUAGCAUGCUAAUAUUUGUUAAUUGGCAAUGAACACUACGUACAGCCGAGGCUGAUGGGAAUGUUGUUUGUUUUGUGUAACAAAUUUACAUUUUGACCUAAUGAUGGCGCCAGAUAGAGAUCAGAGGACAAAAGAUUCAUCCUCCAGGAACAAUGAAUGUUUGUAUGAAAUUAUACAGGAAUUAAUUUUAACUUUAGUAUACAGCUGCUGUUCCGCCUCAAACCUGUUGUUAGCAAGCAAGCUAACUUUAGCUGAGGUUACUAGCAGUUAUAGCUGCAGCAGCUGAAAACAUUAUCUCAUUAGCUAAUAUGACAGCAAACAUCUUGAUUUAACUUUACCAGUAGCUAAGUUAUGGGUCAUGAAUCGUCAUUGUUUGGAAAGCAGGAAUAAGGUCAGGACAUUUCAUAAGAAUCCAGUCCAGCACGGAUGAAGACAAUGAAAAUAAACACAGAGUGGGAAUAAAACCUAAGCUAACCCGUCAGCAGCUCCAGAGAGCAAAGGCACAAAUUAAACAGUAGAAAACUCAUGGUGCUUCUCAGAUGAAUGCUAUUUACUCGUCGUCCUCUCAUUAUCAGGAUCAUGGUCAUAAAUCAUCUGCACACUAUCCUUUCAUCACCAUGUCAUGUGUCUGAUUACAGAGCUUUAUGUUCCUGACUGCAGUGUUUUCAUGAAUUGGCUAAACUGGUACUGUGUGUGUUUGUUGUGAAGUCUGGAGUUUUGGGUUUACCUCGAGGUUUUUGUGCAGAGAAGGUGGAAACAACCAACCACAGCAGCCGAGAGGCAAAGACACCAGUCAGCCAAAACAAACAGAUGUAUAAUAAUUUAUAUAACUGAUCUCAGACUCAGCUUCACAGCCUCAAGCUAUCAGCAGCAUAGAAUCUGGGUUGUGUCCAUACAUCUUUUGAUAAAAGAGUUUGAUAAUAGGAUGUUUUGACCUGUUGGUGGCACUAAAGGAAAAGUCAGUGGAGGAUCCAUCCUCAGGAGAACACAAAUGUCUGACCCAAAUUUCAUCCCAAUUCCUCCAAUAGUGGUCAAAUAUUUCACUCUGGAGAAGCAGUUAAAUGUCUCCUGUUUAGCUAAAUUUGUUUUGACUUUUAAAGAGAGUCUUAAAGGAAUCAUUUGUCAAAAUGUUCCAAAAUUAAAUUAAUUAAAAUGUUGAAACUCGUAACUUCUUGUAGGGAGAAUACAGUCAGACUUUUCUCAGAGCACCAUCUAGUGGCCAUUGGAGGAACUGCAUCAUAAUACACUUAAACAAUCAGCUGUGGUGGCUGCUGAACUUUAGUUAGAUUUUAUUUUUUUCCUCUGGAAGCUAACACAGAAAUAAAGUUGGGUGUCAUCUGCGUAGAGGGAGAUUUACAAUAACAGACUUUAAAAUGUUACAGAGGAAUCACAGACUGAUGGAGGACGGAGCCACUGCAACUCUCAAAUACUAGUAAGAGGAAAAUGUAUAACUUUUCUGAUCAUUACUUUAAAAUGUUGCUUUGCACUUUCUUUGUUUUUUGGCACUGUUUUCACUUUUAUACAUUCAACACAUCAACAAUAGAUCAACAGUAAUCAAGGUAUAUCUUUGAAAAUAUGGAAUAUGCUGUUUAUCUUCAACACUUUUUAAAACCGUAUCUUAAUGGGAGAAUGCAUCCUGCACUUUGGGAUGCAGUUUACAGUUUUGCAUCUGUUUUGUCUCUUUGUUUGUUUUAAUAAAUGAUUUAUUUCCUCUAA